AUGUCUUCCGUCAUCAAUCCCACCGCCUCCAAGCCGAAGUCGAAGUUCCGACAAACCACCCUCGCGAGCGCUUUCGGCACCUCCGCCACCAGCCGGCCCUCUCUGCUGGCCACCAAGCCAACGGCCAAGCCCAACCCGGCGAGCGACAGACCCAACACCGAAGUCUCCGCCGACGCAGUCCUCGCCAGUGCAGUUCCCCCCGAGAUCAUGAACGGCCGCGCCGGCGUUCACCCCGACCACGGCCUGCUGAUCAUGUACAAAGUCCGCGAUACCGACCCCCGCGAUGGCAACAGCGAGACGUGGAAGUUAGCGAAGCGCAUCGACCCCGGUGUCGUCCGCACAUACUGGGACAAGGUCACGGCCAGAACGGGCAUGACGCAGCGCGCCUGGCUCUCCCGCGUGCGUUUCAAGUACCGUGUCGAGCUCGCCAAGUUGGAGAACCGAAAGGCCGGUGCCGCCGCCACCACCAAGAAGCGCAAGCGCCGUAUUGUCGAGGAAGACGAGGAUAGUGACUACAAGCCGCCGGGUGCUUGA